GAAGUUUGCUUUGUCAAUCUGACAAUCUCCCGUCUAAAUCAUCCAUACCUGGGAUUAUCUUGAUAAUUUAAAGGGGAACUAGCGCACAAAUAAAAGGCAAAGCUGCGAUCUUCAUCGUAGUCUGAUAACAGCCAAUCUGUCGAUUAUUUUACUGUGAAGACUGAAUGCAUUUCAAACCUAUUUCUUUGGCUUCAGGCACAGACCACUUCAUCAUGUCUAACAAGUUAACGACCAGAAGCUUUCUUUUUUUUAAUUUCUUCUCAGACGAUAUAUUUCCAGAGGUUGCUGGAGAAAGUAUAGCCCAUCGCAAGCAGAGAUAUGAAAACUUUAAAAAGUGUUGGGAAUCUAUUAAAUGUGAAAUUGAGGUUCUGCAGUCACAGAUGAACAGUAAAAUAUUUUCUGAUCUCGUGGAAUUUUUCAAGAGAGCACAGAAUGUAAAAUCAUCAGAAGUUGGGAGGACCAGUGUCGCACAAGAAAUACCUACAGCUGCUCUGAUAACUGGUGUAAAUAUGCCAGACCAUGAUGUUGUAUUCUCUCAGUUAGCCAGUGAAUUGAACAGUCAUGUUACUCCAUUUGUUGCUUUACUGAGGUCCAAAGACUGCACAGCGAUGAAAGCAACGAUGAAGAAUGUAAUAUCACAGUUCUUUAGUUUUGAUGUACAGGAUGAGGAUGAUUUGUCUCCUUCAGAACAAGCCCAGAAAUUAAGCAGUUUUACAAUGCCUGUACUUUGCCGCUGGUAUGGGAAAAUGAUCAAGUACAAUUAUUCAAAAAGAAGACAGAGCAGACAGCAAUCACAGUAUUCAGAUCAACCCCCUUUGGUUGUCAUUUUUGAGGACUUUGAGGGUUUUCUUCCAGCUGUUGUUCAAAACUUUGUGAUGAUUUGCAGUCAAUACUUGAGUGAACUUCCUUUGGUCCUAGUCUUUGGUAUUGCCACAGCGCUGACAACUGUUCACAAAGUUUUGCCCCAUGCUGUAUCUAGUUUGUUGUCCAUUGAGAGAUUUCAGUCAGAACCAUCACAUGUUUGUGUUCUGGAGGUCAUAAGCAAGGUUUUGAUGACUGCCACAUUUCCAUUCAAACUUAGUGCACAAGUGUUAAGAUUACUGUAUGAGAAUUUUCUAUUCCAUGAUUUCUCACUUCAGAACUUUUCCAGAGGACUUCAGUUCUGUUUGAUGGAGCAUUUUUUUGAGAGUCCUCUGAGUGUGCUCUGUUGUGUGUCAUCAGAUGACAGGAAAUAUUUGCUGAAUGAAAUGAGUCAUAAACAAGUGGAAAUGUUUAGAAAAACAAUGUCUUUUCGCAGAUAUGUUGAAUCUGAGCCACCAUCAAAGCAACUGCCAUUGUUACUGGAUGACUCCUUUGCCAAGGAAGCAAUAGCUGAACUUUUAAAAAGCUUUCAUGAGUACCACUGGAGUUUCUUCCCUGUGUUAAAUUGUCUCCAUAUUCUCACCUGUAAUCUUCCACAACAUCCUCUGGGAAAGAAGCCUCACAAUGUUUAUGAAAACAGUUUGUCAAGUAAUAUUUAUGAACAGGAAAAAUAUAAGGAGGCACUGUCCUUGCUCAGAGUUUGUUCAAGGGAUGAGCUUCUUCCUCUUCUUAAUAAAUGUGUAGAAAUUUUAGGGAAUGCUGUGGACUCUCCUGAAACAGGAAGGUAUUGCCAAAAGCUCAAGAAAUCAAGAGAUGGUAUUUGUAGAUUGCUUGAACAAUUUGACAAAAUAAGUGGAAUCCAAGAGACUUGGGAAAAAAGGUCCACUCGAAAGGAAGCACUAUCCACUGUUACCAACAGAUUUGAACUUCAAGAGAGACUAAUGAGUGCUGCAAAACAAAAGAAGAAAGAAUCCCCAUAUGAUAACUUGCGAAAGAAAACAAUUGAUGCUAUGGAUGAGAUGUUCAGAACAUUUUUGACCUGUCCACAAAACAUGCCUCUGCAUGAGGUCAUUUAUUAUGACAAAUUACAGGAAACAAGAAAGCACUUGGUUGGAAUGCCUCGUGUAGCCAUACAAAUAGCCUUAAGUAACCCUCGGCAUUACCUUCAAUGCGACUGUUGUCAGACUGACAUAGGGACAGUUCAGGACACCUUACCUGACGUGUGCAUUGCUUAUAAACUUCACUUGGAGUGUGGCAGACUAAUCAAUCUUUAUGACUGGUUCCAGGCAUUUACAGCUGUUUUGGAACCUCAAAUAGAACAUCAGUCCCUAAAAUGUUCUCCAAAGAAGAAACAGAAAAUGGAUGAACAGCUACAUGCUCGUUUCAUUCAAGCUGUUUCCGAACUUCAAUUUCUUGGAUUCAUCAAAUCAACUCGACAGAAAACUGAUCAUGUACAGAGACUCACUUGGGGAGCAUUUUGAUAUAAAAGUUAUCCUUCACAUCUGGUCAUUUUUCAACAGUAACAACAGUAACUGUCUUGUUGAUCUAGAAAGAACUGUGAUGGAAGAACUGGGUUUUCAAGAAAAUAUAAAAGUUGCAUUUUGUUUUUGUGGGAAAUACAUGAUUACCAAUUCUCACAUUGCUCUCCAGUCAAGUAUAAAUAGCUACUGGGAAUUUGUUACAGUUAACCUAACAAAUGCUGGUGGGUUACCCACAAUGGGCUAGUAGCAUAGACAUGCUUAUCCUCAUUCCAUGUUAGAGCAACCAGGGAGAAGCAAUGACCAGCUAUAAUGGGCAGUUAGCUCUGUCAAUAUAAAAAGAACCUGGUUGACAUGGAAUUCAACUUGUUUUUCCUUAAUGUAAAUCACAUAAAAUUUUACUGUUAUAUCUGUUGUUUCAAAUUGUUUUCAAUGGUAGUUGGAAAUUUCAAGUUUCACCUGACACCUCAUGAAAUACAACUUCUGUUUAAUUUUUUAUUUAUCUGCUUCAUAAUGUUAAUACCAGAUAUAAGUUCUGGUAUUUUAGAUUGGUUGGGUCCUCAUAACAUUUAACAUGUUUUUGAAGGUCAAAGUAUUCUCAGAAUAAUUCAAUGGUGAAGUUCUUGCUAAAAAAUAUUUAGUCUUUUUGUGUAUGAAGGUUGUUAAAAGUUAUGCAAAAAAUAAUUCGAGAUAUUGAGAUAAUGUGAAUUGGCCACUGUAAACAGCUUCUAGCAGAAUUUUCAGAAUGUGUUGAAUGGCUAAUUGAUUUCAACUUUUUUAGCCAGCUCUAAACUUUAGCUUUUUCUUUCAACCUUUUUUUUUUAUUCUGUUAACAAUCAUUGUAUUGUAUAAAGAAUACUUUGCACACCUUUUGUAGAAAGCUUGAAUGACAUUCUUGAAACAGCAGAAUGAUAAAAUAACCAGUGAAAAGUAUGUUUACUAAGUUUCUCUUGAACAUGAAAAUUGUACAGAGUAAUAUGAACAUAUAAAAUACCAUGAAAAUAUUAUUAUUUAAUUAAUCUUAUACCAUAGCUUUUAUAAAUGACUUUCUCAACAACAAAAAAUAAUCAUGGAUCCUGGUCUAUCAAAAAAAGUCAUUUUUGAAAUUGACAUGUUACAGAUGUAAUCAAGAAGUCUCAGUAUUUUCUAUUCUACAAUUAAUAUAUCCAGCAUAAUGGAUUUUCACCCAGAUAAGAGUGCUACUCAAUAAAGGUUUUCCAGGACACUGCAGGUACCAUUUAUAAAGCAAACUUAUUAGCUUGCAUAUUGUAUUUAUCCUAAUUUGA